AUGAAGGAGCGCCAGAAGGUCUUUAUUGCGGUGAUGGGGGUGACUGGGUCGGGGAAGAGCACUUUUAUACAGACAGCUACUGGAUCUGAUGAUGUCCAUAUUGGCCAUACGUUCAAGUCUUGCACCGCCGCUGUCUCUGCCCAUACAUUAUCCCUGGACGAAUAUGACGUUACUCUGAUUGAUACCCCUGGGUUCAACGACACAUUUCGCAGUGAGACGGAAGUCCUCAAGGAGAUUGCCAACUGGCUUGACUAUACAUACCGCAAUCCUCCACACGUCAUGCUCACAGGCAUAAUCUACAUGCAAUCGAUAACUGACCGCCGCAUGUAUGGCUCUACUCUGCGGAAUUUGAAGAUGUUUAGGCAGCUUUGUGGCGAAAGUCCUCUACGCAAUGUGGUGUUUACCACAACCGGCUGGGGUACUGCAGAAAAGUCGGGGGAGCUAUCCAAAGCCCUCGAAAACCAGGAGUCCCUCCGGUCCGAUCCUGACUUCUGGGAGCCAAUGAUCAGAAGAGGGUCAACUAUGGCUAAGUUUGAAGACACAAGAGCCUCUGCCCUGGCUAUUAUCAUGAGCAUUGUUGAGCGCAACCCAAUUCUCCUCAAGAUUCAGGAGGAAUUGGUAGACGAGAACAAGAACCUCAUUGACACCGCCGCCGGACACACAGUUAAUGAAGAGAUGAAGAGACUCGAAGAGAAAUACACGCAGGACAUUGCCAAAGUUCAAAAGGACAUGGAAGAGGCCCUUGCUGCUCGUGAUACCGAAUACCAUGCAGCUCUCCAGGAGGCCAAGGAGAAUUAUGAGCGUCUUCGUGAUGAAGCUCAACGAGCCCGGGACUCUCUACAAUACGAAAGGCGUAAUGAAAAACGACGCCUCACCAAUGAGAUAGAAGGUAUGAAACGGCAACUUGAGCGAGACAAGAAGAAGCAUGAGGAGUAUUUGGAGCUCAAGUUCAAGGCCCAGCAGAUCAAUGAGGAAAUGAUGUAUGAAGAGAUCGUCAAGAAACUCCGCGCAAACGGCCAUCUUCUCCGGGAUGAGGAACGCCAGGUAUUGGAAAUGAAGAUCCAAGAACUGGAAGCUGCAUCUGUCAACGGAGGAAAUGCUGUCAAUGGUAAAAAGAAAAAAGGUAAGGGAACCAAACUCCUGGUUGCGCUUGCACAAGUCUUGGGAAGUGUCACCAUGGGCUUAUUAGGAUUUCCCAUGCUCUUUGGAGAUCCCAUUGGGACCCUUGCUUCAAUAUUCUAG